AUGAACGCGGCGCGCAACGUGGUCGGCCUUCAGGGCCUCCGUGCGGCAAGACAGCCUGCUGUGAGACGCGGGUUUUCCCUCAGCACGAGCUCCCGGCUCGGUCUGAAAGAGUCCUCCAGCCAGACGGAUGCCGACUACGAAAAGCACAAGAAGGACUCGCUGGACAAGCAGAAGAAGGGGUCGGGCCACUGGAAGCCGGAGCUCGCUUCGGACAGCGAGGAGGCUGUGCGGGCGGACCGGUCGUCCGAGGAGGAUGUGGCGGCGAUGCAGGAGAGGACCAAGCGGGCGGCUGAGGAGACGAGCAAGUCUGGCACCAGCAUGAGGGACGGCAUGUGA